AUCCACCACGUGGACAAGAGUAUUGGACAACUACUGAUGAAGAAUUUCAAUAUGCAAUUGAUUUGGUUAGAUUUAUAAAAAAAGAAUAUGGUGAUUAUUUUUGUAUUGGGGUGGCAGGUUAUCCUGAAGGCUAUCCUGAAUCUAAUAAUAAGGGUCAAGAUCUUUUAUAUCUAAAAGAAAAAGUGGAUGCAGGUGCAGAUUUUAUCAUUUCACAAUUAUUUUAUGAUGUAGAUUUAUUUAUAAAUUGGGAAAAAAAUUGUCGAAAGAUUGGGAUAUCUGUACCAAUUAUUCCUUGUAUAAUGCCAAUUCAAGGUUAUCAUAGUUUUAGAAGAAUUACAAAUCUUUGUAAAAUAUAUAUCCCCCCUCAAAUAUUAAAUGAUUUAGAACCUAUAAAGCAUGAUGAUCAGGCAGUUAAAGAUUAUGGAGUUAAUCUUGCAAUAUCAAUUAUAAAUAAAUUAUAUAAAGAGCACAAGAUAUUAGGAUUUCAGUUGUGUACAAUGAAUUUGGAGAAAUCUAUCAAGUUGAUUUUAGAAAGAUUAAAAUUUAUUGAAACAGAUGAAGAAAAAAUUAAUAAUCUUGGCAAGAAAUAUAGGCCAAACGUAGGAUUUGCAACGAAUGAUAUUAUAAGACAGGAAGAUGAUGGGUCACUUUCAAAUGUUAAACCUGUUAUAUGGAAAGAGCAAAGUGGAGAUUAUUUAGGUAGAUCUGAAGAUUGGGAUAACUUUCCUAAUGGUAGAUGGGGUGAUGCAAGAUCACCUGCAUUUGGUGAAUUGAAUGGAUUUGGAGUAUCCUCGAGAAUUACAGCAGAAAUGGCAUUAGAAUAUUGGAAGGAACCAACUUCUAUCUCGGAUAUCAUAGAAAUAUUUAAGUCUUACGUACUUGGUGAUAUACCAGCAUUACCAUGGUCAGAAGAGCCUUUAUUACCAGAAUCUGAAAUUAUUAGGUCGAAUUUGAUAAAAUUAAAUGAACUGGGGUAUUUAACAAUAAGUUCUCAACCUUCUGUAAAUGGAGUAAAAAGUGACGAUAGUGUGUUUGGUUGGGGUCCGAAAGAUGGAUAUGUUUAUCAAAAAGCUUUUGUGGAAUUUUUUGUUAGCAAAGAAAUUUUGGAUAAUUUGAUUGAAAAAUUAUUAGGAAAUCCAUGGGGACAUUUUAAAACCAAUAAUAAUGAUGACGAGUCUUCUGCAGUAACUUGGGGUGUAUUUCCUGGCAAAGAAAUAGUGCAACCCACAAUAAUCGAUGAAGUUUCUUUUAAAGCUUGGAAGGAUGAAUCAUUUGCUUUAUGGGAGGAAUGGCAAUAUUUAUAUAAAAAAGGAUCAGAGACUCAAAAAUUAUUAAAAGGAUUAGGUGGAACUUGGUGGUUGGUUAAUAUUGUAUAUCACGAUUAUGUUAAUUCUGAUGGAAUAUGGAAUAUUUUUUUUGAAUAA